UACUUUUUCGACGACGGAAUCGAAAAGAAAAAACACAAGCAGGCGAAGCAAAGCAUACAAUUUAAUAAUGAAUUCUUGAAAAUGUUCUAUGCGUGCCGAACAAGUCUGCUUACGCAUUCGCGCGGUUAAAGCAGCAAUUCGUUUUUUUUAAAAGACAGUUAAUGCGAUGUCUCCCUGCUUGUGUCCAAAUCGUUAAAAGUGCGUGGAAAAGUGUACGAAACCAAUACACGGAAAGUGGGACAACGGCAACCGAGAGAGCUCGUUGCGCUUGUCUCCGCUGUUGUGUGCGACUCUAUGUGUGUGUGCGUGUGUUGGUCCACAUGCCACAGAAUGUCGGACGCUUGAGUAGGCCAAAUCCUAUGAAGCAGACAAAACCAUAAUAUGUGCACAAAUAAUUUAUGUUAAUGCUAAGAAGGCGAUUGAUUUCCUCUACUCCAUCUUCUUUUGUCUGACUCUGACCAACGAUUUUGCCGCAUGGCUGGCGACACCCGGCGGCAACAGGAUAAUUGGAUAUAGCAAUGAAUGAUUUACGUCAGCAGCAGAUGGUAGCAGCGACAUCGUCAUCAGGAUCAGUAACGGGAACGGGCAUAGCAGUGGGAUCAUCAGGUCGAAUCAAUUCCAGCGUAAAAUCUGCGACGAGCACCACGACCGAGGAGGAGCAACGCGUGAGCUCGACAUCAUCGCCGGCACAGCGGGAGCAUCGGUUGAAUGCAGAGCAGCAGCAGCUGGGAGCAGAGGAGGCACUGCAACAACAACAGCCGGGUCAUAUAACCAGCACUACAGCAUCGCCACCGCCGCAGACGCCGCGCGACGAUGCCCAAAGCGCUGCUGCAGGCACAACUGGAGCAUCAGCAAUUACAGCAGCAGCGAGGGGAACCGCAGCCAUGGCUGCCACAGCAGUUGACGUGAAGGGCGAGGAAGGAAGCAGGGGUGGAAGCAGCCAAGGGCACAAAAUUAUCCUCAAGCUAUCCAAGCACUCGCACACCGCUCCCAAUGAAUCUCAUUCCGUUGGAGACGAGAGACGUGUGGAACCAUUGCGCAUUCAUCUGCCCAGCAGCAUCGGCGGGACGGGGGCCAAGCCGCAGGACGCCUCAGACGCGGACGCCUCCUCGUGCUCCUCCUCCUGCGCCGAGGCGGAGGAUGAGCUGAGCAGUCUUAGCCAGCAUCGUCCGACCCCUAAUCCCCGGAGCACACCGCACAUUGUGCCAAAGCUCACUAUCCGGGCAGCCAAUGAGGAGCGUGUGGGCAGCGUUGUGCCUAAGCUGACUAUCAAAAUGCCUGAGAAUCCCGCGGCUUCCUCUAGCUCCGGCUCAGGGUCCGGGUCAGGGUCCGGGUCCGGGUCCGGCUCCUGCUCGAGAGACGGCAGUCUGUCCAACUGCCUUGGCCGCAGUCAGUCAAUGACGCCGGCCAAGAACGAGGCACAUCUGUCUAGCCUCUCUCCCGCCUCCGCCUCCUCCUCAUCAGCAUCCUCCUCUUCCUCAUCAUCGUCGUCGUCGUCCUCGCUGUCGAUGGUGGAGAUGCAGACGGUCCCCAAGCUAAUGAUUAAGACCACCCUGGCCGGGAGCAGCUGCAUCAGCAGCAACAGCGAGGAGCAGCCGCAGCAGAUACCAAAGUUAACCAUCAAGACGGGCGGCAGCGGCCAGGAGCACAUGCACACGGUGAUCAUGACGCAUGACCUCAGCAACGCUCAGAGCAUACCCAAGCUCACAAUCAAAACCAAGUCCAUUGAAAUGGAGGACCCCGAUGGAGGACAGCCCCCCGCCAAGGCCGAGCAGCAGCAUCACCAGCAGCAGCCCCUACCCAAGUUGACCAUUAAGAAUCUGUGCUCCCCGAAGCACAAGGUCCGCGCUGUGCUUGAGGAAAAGCCACCUUCAGCUGCCUCUAAGCUGGCCACACCAACGCCAACGCCCAUGCCCAUUCCAAUAUCGAACGGCGGGGAAUCGAACAGCAGCAGCCAAGAGUUCUGUGGCUUUUCAGAUCCAGAUGGGGAGCAGAUGGUGGCGGACGAGAUGCGCCGCAACUCUGAUGAUAUGGACAUUGACGAGUCCCUGUCGAAGGAGCACGAUCCCAAAAUGUUUCACAACCUGCCGCCUCUGCAGCCGGCAGCCAGCAAUGGCCUGGCCAUUGAAAACAAAGCCAACAAGUACAAGACUGCUGCUUCCAAUCCUAAUCCAAAUUCGAAUCUGCCACAGCACCAGCAGCAGCAGCAGCAGCACAAUGUCGUGGAUCUAGUUGAUCUAACAUCGUCGCCAUCCCCAGGGUCCUCGCCAGCGCAUGCAACCAUCGAUUUCUCUGGUAGCAUCUCGCCGGGCCAGUCGAGUCAUAAUCUCCUCCUGCCUCUUCGUCUGCACAUGUCGCCCGCUGGCACAGCACCCGGUACCGGGUUGCCCAGUUCCAACAUUCUGCUAAGCCAACUGACGAGCCCAGCAAAGACCCACUUUUCCACGGCCCCCGCCAAGAGUAAUAACUCCAGCAAGUAUCCCCAGCUGACCGAACGGCUGAUGGCGAACGGAGGAGGUGUCAGGGUCGGAGCUGCAGCAGCGGCAGUAGAUGAGGGCGGCGCUCAGCUCUCGGGCGUGGUUCCUAUAGCGCACUCAUCCAGCCCCUCGCAGCCCAUUAUCGAUUCUAUUGAGAUUCUGGACACUCCGGAAGGCAGCCCGCAUAUCACCUACAUGGAUCAUCACCAAUUGGUCAACAAUCACCACGACGGGAUCGAGCAGGAUCGGCAGGAGGAGGAACUGGAGGAGCGCGAAGAGCUGGACAACAACAAUGAGAAUCAUCUGAAGCGCAACAGCAGCGACGGCAGCGAAUCUCCCAGCAUCCCGCGCAGCAAGCAGCGACGAUUGGACAACGAUGAGAACGAUCAGCAAACGCAUAACUGCCAUGAGCCUGGAAAGAAAUCGAGUACCAGCGAGACGAUGCAGAUUCAGACAGGUCAGCCAUCCCACCGCUCCCGCAAGCAGAAGCACGAGAGAAUUCUCAACACAGACCUAGAGGACGGCCUGUUUCCUCCAUCCGGGGCCCCAGGCCCUGGCCUUGCCUCUAGCCCUGGACCUGGUCCAGGCCAUCCCCCAUUGGCAUCGUCAGAUGGAAACCAAAAUGGAACUCUCUUCACUGAUUCAGGGGCGGCGGCUGAGGAUGCCAACUCGUUAGAGUUGCAGCCAGAGCGCCAGCGAAAUCAGCCUGCUGCCGCAGAGGUGAUGACUACACCAGUACCGACGGGCAAACGACGUGGCAGACCUAAAAGGAACCAAACUGCAGAUCUGUCUGCGCAUCUGUUACCCGUGACUCCAGCCCUUGCCACACCCACCCAUGAAAGCCAUGACAGCCAGGAAGCCGUGGCCAGUAGUGCGGUGAAGUCUCGUCGGGUGCAGCUGCUUCGCAAGCGUCUGGCCAUUGAUAUGGUAAGUAUGGGCCAGGAACAGCUGCCGGAGGCAGCGGCGAUCACAUUGAUGGACGAGCAAGAGGAGCAUACGGGAAGGGUCGAUGAUUCGCCGAGCGCAGUGGGAAAGGUGAUUUGUCGCGAUCAUCGUCAGCUGAGAGCCACGAGGCGCACCCAGACCCCUAAUUCGAAGGCGCUGAAUCCUUCCCAGCCUACAACCAAGACCACCAGGAAGCGCCAAAGCAAGGCCAACUCUAGCAAGCUGUCGCUUCAGCAGCAGCAGUCGGAGCCGCAGCAGCAGCCGAUUCCUACCCCAACGCUCAGUUUGGCCCAAUUUGGAGAGACGGAAUCGAACAACAACAACAGCAUGGCCUUUGCUCUGGCAGCUCAAAUUGAUCUGACCAUGUGCUCGUCCAGCUCGUCGACGUCGUCCGGGGUGCCUGCCACCAGCUGCCAAUUGGGGAGUGGCAACGGCAACGGAAGUGGGAGCAGCUCAACCAUGUCCAUGUCCUCGAUGCUGCCGCCCACAACGAUAUUGUCGUCGUCGGAUCCUCUGCCGGAUGUGGUCUUUCAGCCCAACGACUUCUCCUCAAUUAUGGCCACGCAGCAGCUGCGCUCGCCACGCCCAUGCAGCAUCAGCGGCGGAAGUCAGCUGGACUCUCACGACGAGGACAACUAUAACAGCGCGCUGGACAACUCUGGCGACGAAUCUGGCUCGAUGACGAUGCAAAUGCUUUCAAUGUCAGCUGCAGGCGGCGCCACUUCCACACGCGGACGCGGCCGAGGACGUGGCUCGAGAGGUGGUGGCGCUGGUCGGAGCAGCAACAGUGGAUCCUCUUCAUCCAAUCGAGCUGGCGGUAGCUCCAGCAAUGCAUCCUCUACGGCCGCGUGCCAGCCGCGGGCGCCACGGAUGAGUCGAGGGGCCAGUGCCGUUGCCAAGGCCAUCGCCAUGAGUCGCCCCCGCUGCGUGGGUGGUCUGAAGCACACACCCGAUCCCGAGAGGCUUAAGGGCCUGUUUAGUCCGUCGCCCCAAGUUUUUGAGGAGGAUACCCGCAUGAGCGCCGAUCUUGGGAACAGCAACCAAUCCAUGAUGGGGAGCACAACGGAACCGCCGCUGACACCGCAGAAGCAACCCGAUUUCCUCAACAACGAGGAGUCGCAGUCAUCGGUGGUGAGCAACGUAAGCAUGCUGGACUCGAAUCAGGGUCAAUCCGUUGACGCCAUCCUUGGGUCAGCGCUCAAACGCCCAAAGAAAAAGAAAAUGGAGAUUUGUGUGGCUGAAGACACGGACUUUAAUGCUUCCAGCAUUGCCGAGUACGAUUGGCCUCCACCGAAAGGCUGUUGCCCGUCCAAGAAUCGCGAUACCUUCAUGAUCCAGGAGCAGGUGGCUCUCUAUCUGGGGAUAACCAGCUUUAAGCGCAAGUACCCGGACCUACCACGUCGCGCCGUCGAUAUGGAAGAGCGCAACUGGCUGCAAGAGAAAGGACUGGUCAGCGAGAAGAUGUGCGACCUGGGAAUCACCGCCGUCUGGGCCUCCGACAUACUGGACAUAAUGUAUGCAGACUUCUACGACAAGUACGAGGAGUACAAGGAGUAUAUCCGUCUUAAGCACUUGCGUGAAAUCGAGGCCAAGCAAAAGGAGCCCGGCCUCACAGUUGGCACUGUGCGUGGACUCCAGGCCAGAGACCGAGCCAUGCUCUCGGCCAGCAAAUGGAAUGUUUACUUCAACAAGACCCGCAAAGAUGAGCGUCUGGCUUGCCUGGACCUGCAGACUUUUACGAUGAACCAGCCCCAGCUGCGAACAGCCCCCACGAAUACCCGCCUACAUCGCUCUGUUGGGGAAGCAAGUGGGGUUCGGGCAACAGCCGAGGCGGAGAAUAUGCUAAUGCCCACAGAUCUGUUGUAUCCACGAGAUGAUCAUUACGAUGAAGCCUUCUGUCAAUCGGACUAUGCGUAUCCGCUUCCCGUGGUGCCGGACCAGUUCUCAUUCGGCUACCGCAAACUGGACUUCGUCGAACUGAGAUCCUACCCAUUGGAUACAGCACUGGAAAAGCCACAGAUACAGUCACAGACAGCAGGGCUAGAAGCUCAACUGCUGGAGCGCAUUAACGGCGUUGCCUGCGCAAUGGCCGACAAAGUUGCUGCCUCGGCAUCCGAGGUUCAGCCUGCAUCCAAGCCAAAAGAGUCGGUUUCUGUCCGACGUAGUCGCCGGUCCGCGCGGCAGCAGUCGGAAAAGGUGCGCACGGCCAGCAACUCCAGCAUAUCCUCCUCAGCCUCCCUCUCAUCCUCGUUCAGCGACACCAGCAGCAGCAGCAGUGAUUCGGAUAGUGACGAUGAAAGCGACUCCAGCAGCUCGAGUAGCUGCAUCUCAACAGCAGCCUCGAGUGCCGCCGCCAGCGACGAUGAACGGAAUGAAUCAGCCCGUUCCCGGAUAUCUAAUUGCGGCGUAUGCCUGCGCACUCAACAUCGUAAUGCCAGAGAUAUGCCUGAGGUCUUCAUACGCUGCUACAGUUGUCGACGGCGUGUGCAUCCGAGCUGCAUUGAUAUGCCACAGCGCAUGGUGGGCCGGGUAAGAAACUACAACUGGCAGUGUGCCGGGUGCAAGUGUUGCAUCAAGUGCAAGAGCAGCCAGCGGCCCGGUAAGAUGCUGUACUGCGAACAGUGCGACCGAGGCUAUCACAUCUACUGCCUCGGCCUCAAGACGGUGCCAGAUGGGCGAUGGAGCUGUGAACGCUGUUGUAUCUGUAUGCGAUGUGGCGCCGUAAAGCCCGAAGGCCUGCCCCAGGUAUCUGCAUUGGCAUCGCCCUGUGGAGCCGGAGCCGAGGCGAUGAAGGCCUCGCCCCGAAACAAAAAGAUGAAAUGGAUACACGAAUAUCGCAUCGACCACAUCACAAAGCUGCGGGAGCAUGCCGCCAUGUUCUGUGUGCCGUGUGCGCGGAUCAAGCCGGCUAAGCGACAGGCUGGACAGGGAGUAACAGCAGUUGGAUCGGUCACAGUCCCCCUGAUAACUAGUCGAGGAUCAAGCCCAACGACCAAUAUAAGCCAAGUCCCAUCUCCAUCGCCAGUGGCUGCGCUGAGUCCCAAGAGUGCCUUGGUAACCACUACUCAUGAGGAAGAGGCAACAACAACAACAACAACAAUGACAGAUAGGCGACAGCAGUCGCAUGGAGCACCACCAAGUAUCACCACGAUGGAGUGCAGCAGCUUCAACCGGAACGGGGUCAGUGAAGAUUUAGGAGCUGCCAGCGGCGCCGCUACUACAACUAUAACUGCGACGGCCACAGCAACAGCCACAGCCAUUUCAUCACCUGCGCUGACAGUCACAUCAGGGACAGGAGCGGCCACAGGAGCUACCACAGCAAUAGGCAUAGCGCCGCCUCCGGUUGUUGCCUGAGUGGGGGUUAUUCGUUAUUGUGGCAAGCGCACUUUAACGGACUUAUAGAAAGCGCCGGACGCGGGUUCAACCAACCGCUCCUCCCCAGGCUCCCAAUUCCAGUCCCAAUACCUGCCCCGUUCCGCCCCGAAAAACCCUGCAACAACACAACCACACAUGCAUAGUAUUGACGAAUGGGACAAAAGAGACGAGAGGAGAGGAAAGAAGAGAAAGUGAAGCAACUAAAUAAGGAUUUAUAAUUAUUAUUAUUAUAUUUUACUAUCGGUACAACGUACUACACUAUUGUUACUUAACGUUGCUCCCUAAUGUUAAAAACACACAAACAUGACAAGCACACACUGCAUUCAGAGCACAUGUGGAACUCUUCGCGUAUCGUCUAGACAGCAACCUUCGUAUUUCACACAGUUCGCACUUCAUGGCGAUUCACUGAAACUAAAUUAGUUUAAUUGCAUGCAUGUACAUCUAUAUGUAUAUGUAUGCGUAUGCGUAUGUGUAUAUGUACAUGUUCUUGCACAUGUAUACAUUUUAUUAUUAGCUUAAUAUCGGGGAGCUGCUUGAUUGAAACGCUUUUACGAAAUGCUGGAUUGAAAUAGCUUGGCCAGCAGCAACUGUGUUUUAUCAUCGUUCUCGUUCAUGGUCCACACCACUGUUCCCUGUCGGUGUUGGCCUACAAAGAACAUUUGUUUUUUUUUUUUUUUUUUUUUUCAUCGAAAUAGUAUGUUUAAUGUUUGGAUAAAAGUUAUCUGUAUGUGUCUCAGCACCACACCCAACCACACCCCCCACCCCCCGAUUAUUACUAUCAUUGCUGUGCUAUAUAUAUUUACAUAUAUGUGUACGCAAUACUCUUUGAUUUUGUAAUAUCUUAUGCACCGAAUUUUUCAAGUUGUAUGUGUAUGUAUCUAUAAGGAUAAGGAUUGUAAGCCUUGUAAGCCCCGUUAGAAUUUUAAGUAGUUAAGUACAUACGCCAAGCAGAGCAGUCUUUUAUGCGGGAUGCGGGACUGCUUGGUUCUUUUUAAUUUUCGAGUUCCCUUUAGUUCCGAUUUAGUGUGUAAGCCAUGAUAAAGUUGAGUUGAUUUCGAAGAUCAGACCGAGGAGGUUGAGCGAGGAGUUAUUCUGUAGUUUUAAUGGCUAAGAAGAAUGUAUUAUACAUGUAAUUUAUGCUACCACAAGCGUACACACAGAUACAAACAAAUACAUGCGUAUAUAUUUAUAACUUUAAAGAGUAAGCACAAGAGCACAGAACAAGUACGUACGUCAAACAAAGCGACUAGAAAAUGCAGAAAGCAGAGAUCAGAAGCAGAAGCAAAAUAUUGAAAAGGUAAACUAUGUGUGAAAUAAUUUUAGAUACAAUAUCUGGUACCGCCGCAGCAGCAAUAGCGAUCGAUAAAUAAAUAGUUAGUAGUAAGCAUCAAGUCUACUUAACCAGAAGCGGAUACAGAUGCGAUGCGAUCUGUGCAUUCGGUAAAAAUCUACUUUUCCAUGAAAUCUAAUUCUUAAGUUUUUAUUAAGUGAAUAAUGAUUGUAUACAUACGAGAAAGAUUUAUUUUUAAGUCAAAUAAAACAGCAGCAUUAACAUUAA